AUGGCCGCAUUAAUUGGUGCACAGAAUGUAAACAUCAGGAAAAAACGUGUUUAUCGGCCAAACUUUGUAUAUAAAACUCUCACAGACAAGGAACUGCGUGCAAAGUACAGAUUUGGUAAGGAAGGGUUGCAAAUUUUAACUGACCAGCUUGAAGAAAGGCUCCGUACAUCUACCGGUAAAGGUUGUGCCAUGGAUCCCGCAGAGCAGGUUUGCAUUGCUCUACGUUAUUAUGCCACUGGGGCAUUUUUCGAUGUGGUAGGGGACACCAUGGGGCGCGACAAGGCGACAGUUUGUCGCGUGGUAAAACAUGUAACAGAAGGUCUUGUAGAGAUGAAAGAUCGCUUUAUACGUUGGCCGACUAGAAUAGACACCCGUCGCAACAUUAUGGCAGGGUUUGCGGAUGUAGCUGGGAUUCCAAAUGUGAUUGAAUGGCCGGGCUCUGCGCAUGACAGUUUUGUUUUUCGAUCGUCUUCGCUACAGGACUUUCUGGAGGAAAAUAUUUAUACACUUGAAGAUGGUGUUCUACUUGCUGACAGCGGGUAG